AUGGAGUCUGCCAUUCGCUGGUCCCCGACCUCGUCGGCCACUGAACAACGCUUCCUGUCAGUCGACGUCACGGGGAAAUCAUUUCGUCUGUGUAGGGUGACUGGUUUUGAUGGCAAGUAUCUGCGCCAUGAAGUGCUCUCUACCCUGACCAAUGUGCCUGGAUUCCGCGCAUUCGACUGGUCUAGUUCAAAUGAGAACCUGAUCGCUGUGGGCCAGUCCUCUGGCGAGGCCACCAUCCUACGCCUCGAUGGGGAUGCCAAGGAGUCUCUUUCAUUCCCAGUUCGCAACCAAAGGUACUGCAAUGCAGUUGCGUUUAGUACACACGGUCUUGUGGCAUCGGGCCUAGAUCGCGUUCGGAACGACUUUUGCCUGAACAUUUGGGAUGUCAACCAACGACUUAGUCCUGCUGGUGGAAGUAGGGGAUUUACCGAGCCCUUGCGGAAGCUCGCCAGCUCAGAGCCUAUUACCAGUAUCAAGUUUUUCCGAGACCAGCCUGAUACGAUUGUAACUGGCGUCAAAGGCCAGUUUGUUCGGAUCUAUGAUCUAAGAGAGGGACUUGGCAACCCAUCAUUACAAUUUCCCACUCGAUGUGUCCACAAUCUGGCCAUUGAUUGGCUGGAUGAGAACUAUAUCGCAUCUUGCAUUCCAUCAAACGAAAGCACCAUCUGCGUGUGGGACCGUCGCGUUGGAUCUCGACUGACAUCUCCCUCAAUGGGCUCUUCUGCUAGCGCCCAAGAAUCAGGUUACGCGACGCCUGCUUUGGAACUUAAAAAUGUUUUCCACCCGAAGUCCUCCAUCUGGAGCUUGCGCUUUUCAAGGACGAACCGAGGCAGUCUCUCUGCGCUGUCUAGCAGCGGUCAUUUCAAGAAUUACGAUAUUGCCAAAGACUACUUGCCGGAGGAGUAUCGCUCUUCGAUAGACGAGACUCUUGGUCAGGGAUCUUCCAGAAAUUACCCGGAAUCGGUAUACACUAAGCACGUGCGGGACGUAUGCGUACCAUUUGAUAAUCCGACUCGUGGCUGCAAAGAAAAAGACCGGGUUGUUUCAUUCGAUUCCCUGAGUCUUAGCUUGUCUCCUCAACCAAGUGCCAUCGCACUCGACGGUAAUGGACGGCCCCAAAUUAUCACCGCGCGACCGCCGUGCGCACCAAUUGAUCUAUCUUCACGGAGUGUAUUGGCCUGUGGCAUCUCAUCGAAUGAGUCAGAUGUGCGAUCGAUUCACCCACUGUCUGAGCACAUUUCGCCCAUCUCGGACCUGAUCGGGACCAUUAGAUCACGCGUCUGCUCGACCUCGCAAGAACAUGGGACAAACUCAAAUGGUGAACUGUUCGUGUCAAAAGGUCUUGAUUCCGAGCCUGUCCCAAGUCAUGAGAACCGAGAACGCGCAAUGGCUCUCGGGGUGAUGGGUGUCCCCCUCACUGCGAAAGAAGCGCUCACUCUAUGCACAAUCAACCAGUCCCGGUGCAAAGAGGGUUAUUUGUUCGAUGAGGCUCAAAAUAGAAAGGUAGCAUCUGAUGAUCAAGCUCUACAAGAUUUCUGGAACUGGAUUGAACGUGCGCGAACCGAGUCUUCUGGGACGUCAAUGGUUGUCAAUGGCUUGGACCUGAAUUAUCUAGGUGUGAGCAAUAUUUGGAAUAAUGACAUAUGCAAUGGUUUCGAAAAACGUUGUAUCAACGCUAAGAAGGCUGAUGCUAAAGCGGUUGCGGAUGCAGUGGAAACGUUGGCAAUUCAAUUGAACCUCCCCGAGACAACAGGCUGCGACACGGAUUUCCCCGAUCAUCGCCGACUCUGCCUUCGUCUCUGUGGUGCAACGCAAUCUUACAGUGAGCUGGAGGAGACUGUGAAAACUUUAUCAGGCGAAGACCAGCAUACCAAAGCUGCUGCACUGGCUGUCUUCCAAGAUGAGCCUAAGCUGGCCUACCUUGGGCUUCGAAGCAACAACCCCACCCAAGCUCAUAAAUUGCUGGCCAUGGCGAUCGCCGGUGCCUCCAAGGGGGACAAUGACACAGACUGGGAGGAGACAUGUGCGGAAAUCGCGAAGGAGCUCACAGAUCCGUACGCUCGGGCGAUCCUAGCCCUUGUGAGCAAAGGCGACUGGAAUGCAGUUAUCAAGGAAACCACACUACCUCUGAAGUAUCGCGUAGAGGUCGCGCUACGCUGGCUUCCAGAUGACGAACUAACCGAGUAUCUGAAGGAAGCCACAAGCCAAGCAAUUAGUCAAGGCGAUAUUGAAGGAGUGGUGCUCACGGGCUUGGGCCAUUUGGCCAUGGGUUUAUUCCAAUCGUAUAUUGGGAAAUUCAACGAUGUCCAAACUCCCGUGCUAGCAAUGAGCCAUACCGUGCCGCGGCUUGUCAGCAAUCAAAAACACGUUGUUCAGUUCGAGGCCUGGCGUGAGACCUACCGGCGACAAAUGAACUCCUGGAAACUCCAACUCGAGCGAGCCCGAUUCGACGUCGGCUCUCGUCGCUUCGCUGUAACUGCGGACGGUCGCAAACUCAUGCCGCCACCGCCGCAGCAAGUCAGCCUCACCUGUAACUACUGCACGAGUCCGCUCACCCAGCACGACGCUUCCUCCCAUGUCUCCCCAUCUAGCAAGAGUGCCGAAAAUGUUCAUCCCACCGCCGGGAACCCACUGGCACCCACUGUCAUGUCUGGGACUGUGUGUCCGCGGUGUGGUCGACAUAUGCCGCGCUGCGGUGUCUGCACGUUGUGGCUGGGUUCGCCAGACCCAAUGUCACGCGCUAGUAUUGCUGCUGACGCCGAGGCGGGUUCUCGCAAGCCUACUGAGACUGAGGUGAUGCGGCGGUUUGUGGUGUUUUGUAUCCAUUGCAACCAUGGAUUCCAUGCAAAUCAUGCGAGUGACUGGUUCAAGCGGCAUAAGAUUUGUCCCGUGGCAGAGUCGGAGAAGGAAGGGCUGAAGAUGAACGCACAGGGUUAUGCGAGCGUGCCAGACGUGUUAAAUUGGAGGAAACUCAAAUCGCUAAAAGUCACCUUCCCCGAGAUUCUCCACGCCGUCGACUCCUCCGAUAAAAAGCGCUUCGCCCUCCUCCACAUUCCCUCCGCACAGCCCACCAAAUCCACAACCCAAGCAACAACAACACCAGUAACAUCCCCCAAUGCAGAGCACGAUGCCGCUACCAUCGUGGGCGAAGACCAGCCCGCGACAUCCGUCCUGGACUCUGCACCCGCCACGAGCGAGGCCCAACAAACAGCCACCGAUCAAGCAUUAUCCGUGAAAGAUACCGACCCGUCGAACUUUUUGAUUCGCGCGACUCAAGGCCACAGCAUCAAGACCGUAGAUGCUGCCUCUUUCCUUGAGCCACUUUCUUUGUCCGAUGAAUCGAAACUACCCGAUACCGUCGUCCACGGCACGUUCCACGCGACCUGGCCUGCGAUUCUACAAUCCGGAGGACUACGCUGCAUGGGACGGAAUCACAUUCACUUCGCUACUGGCCCAUCAUUAGAAUCGGUGCUUGCUGUCCACACUGAUGAUGCCGCGCAGGGUAAAUCGAAGCCCGACGACUCACGCGUCAUCUCGGGUAUGCGGCGCGAUGCACAGGUUUUGAUUUAUAUCGAUGUGCGCAAAGCGCUGCAAGCUGGGGUACCGUUCUGGCGCAGUGAGAACGGGGUCAUUCUUAGUGAGGGCAUACCUGUCGAGAAGAGUGAGCAAACUGAAAAAGGCGAGGUGCAGAAGUUUGUCGCGCUGGACUUUUUCAAAGUGGUUGUGGAGCGCAAGGCUGGGCUGGGUAAGCUCUGGGAGAACGGGGAGGUUCUGCAGGAACUUCCGGAGACUCUCACGAAGAAAGGGAACCCCAAGGCCCGGCGAUGA